AUGUUCUCCAGGCCGCAAGGGAUCCGGACAAUCUGCUGGUUCCUCUACAUCUCACUCGUCCUCGUAACGACAUUCUUCGCUGCAGUCUCCUGUGCAUUCCUCCUUUCUCAGGCCGUCAGGACCGCUCCCCACCACACGUGGGAGAAGAACUUCAAUGCAGUAGUUAUCGGUGCCGCGUAUGCCAUUGUGUGUGUCGUCUCGCUGGCCGUUUGCCUCAACCGAAGGAUUGCGGUACACCGGCGGCUGCAGAGGAUCUCGAAGACCUAUCGCAUACUUGGAAGGGCUGAUCUCCCUGACUCUGUCCACCGCUACAUCCAGCAGGAGUACACGCGAGCGUGUCUGAUAACCUACGAGUCGCAACCUCGGGACGGCUCUCGGGAGGGCUGGGGCAAGCCCGGCACGAGCUACGCGGGCGUACGAUUUCGCCCAGCGUUGCUGGACACCGUCCGUACAAUCGAUGGCCUUGCCCACCUGAUCAUUCCCCACCAUCCCGUCUUGCGCCCGCACGUCCGUAUGCUGCACCACUUCCGCUUCAUCCUGCCCCUCUUGCCCAAGGACGUGGACGGUCUCACACCCCUCCAUACGUAUGACGCUGCGAUCCAGCUCGUGCGCUGUGCCUCCCGCGAACCGACUGAGGCCGAAUUCGAAGCGGGCAUGACUGCUUACGUGGAGAUAAAGCGGAUGUAA